CGCAUGUUGGGCUUUCUUCCCACCCUUGCGUUUGGCAAAGACUUUUGCAGUUUAUUAGAAUGAACCUACAACUUUGAGCCUAGUACCUCUCUCUCUUGCUUUACUCUGCUUGAAGAUCUUCACUUUUUUUUGGAAUAUCAAUGUUGGACGAGUCGCGUGAGCAAGUUGCAAGCUUCGGGAGCGGACCUGCAGUGGGCGACAGCGCCGCAGCGUCCAGCUCGUCUGGCAAGCAGCUCAGAUCGGUGAAGAGUCUCACCCGGAAGUUUUCGCUGCGAGUGGACUCGGAAGACGGAUCUCCUGGUCCAGCUGCGGGGUUUAUGUCAGGAAAAAAUCUCCAGCCGGACCACCAUGCACCAGAAAAUCCGCCUGGGCCCGAUUUCACACUGAUCGGGGGUCGCGACGUCACCAAUAUUGGCGGUUUUCGAAAAGAGGUAUAUUAAUUAAUAGAGCGAUCGGAGUCUAAUUCUAAAGUGUUCUUUGUCUUCGUUGCUGCAGAUUUUUGUGUUGAUCAUCUAUCAACAUAGCAAUAUCGUAGUUCCAUUUGUUUUUCCAAGCUCGUUUUUAGUAGCACUUGCAUGACAUGAUCACUUUCCACAGAUCGCGUCGAAAAAGCUGUCCCUCCGGAUCCCCAAACCGCCACCACUGGGCAAGCCAAAUUACAACUUCUCCGCCCCGUCAGAACCACCUCUUUCGGGCCGUGAUGAACAGGUAAUGUACUCCCUUUUGUUUUUCGCAGCUUUUUCGGGCUCGCUCAAGGAGUAGUUAACGAGUCACGCGGCUUCAUAUUUAGGCGAGGAGCAACCUGUAAUCAGCAGCAAUAUGUAUGACAACAUCACUCCCGUCCAAGAAAAGAAAAAGUAGCAGCGAAGCGAACUUUAUUUCUGUCAUAUCACACGGACACGACCCACCAGGCUGGCAAGAACGCGGCAAGUCGGAGCGGGUCGCCUACCGGUCGCGACAGAGGAAAGACCGGCACUAAUGUUGUCGCGGAGGUAAGGCUAAGUACUUUAUGCAUGAUUCAUUUCUCAUCUUUUCCAUACCUUCAACGAUGAAGUGUCAUAUCGAGAUUGAGUACAUAGAUACUAACUUACUUUAUCCUUAGCUCCACCACGGUAAGAAUUUUAUCGAAUCUUCUUCGACGCAGCAACACCAGCACGCAAAAUUUUCUGCAUCCAAUAGCUGAAUAAAACAAUUCUCAUGUUCUGCCUCUCGUCCACCAGGCGCGUUCCCGGCAGCAGGCGCUUCGGGAGUUCCGGCACGAACACGCAGUCGACGCGAUGGACGAUUCCCUCCAGCACAUUGCGAAGAUCCACCAGGCCAAGAAAACCCGGGAGAAGAUUUUACAGGAGCGGGCCGUCGGGGCCGAGGCCGCGGGAAAGCGGGUGUUGCUGCUGGAGAACGUCGACCUGUCGAAGAUGGGGUUGUACAAUCUGAACCAGUUUGAGUUUCAAAAGGUGAAAACUUUGAAUUUGUCCGAGAACCAGCUGCGCGUCCUCCCGGUGCUCGAUCUGCCCUCCCUGCAAAAGCUGGACUUGUCGAAAAACCUCUUGACCACCACGAAAAACCUGCUGCUCUGUGAGGCCUUGGAGGAGCUGGGGCUGGAUUCGAACAAGAUCGAAAAGGUGGAGCAUUUGGAGACGUUGGUGGAGCUGCGGUACUUGGAUUUGCGAAACAACAAGCUGAGGAGCUGCAGCCAAUUGCGGCCGCUGUCGUAUAACACCCACUUGGUGAUCUUGUUGCUCCAGAACAACCCGCAAAUCACCUCGCUGCCGUACUACUGGAACCAAAUCGCAAACGUAUUUAGAGUUUACACGAAGGUGAUUGCCUCAUGCUCAUCUGUUUCUUUGCUGCAGCAGUUGUACUCACAUAUAGCAGCUUUUUCGAUUUUUUUGAAGUUUUCCUCAUAGUACGUAAAAUGUGAAGCGGAUAAAAAAAUUAAAGUUCAACAUAAACACAGUACUGCGGCCCGCGGCUUUUGUGGAUCGACGACCACAAGCUCUUCCGGCACCGUGCCUUCGUGCAAACCGCCCAGGACCCGGUGCGCCACACGUGGAGCCGCCCCUUUUUUCACGAUCUGGAGAAUCUCGGCAAGCACGUAGGCGUCGGCAAAACCAUAUGCAUUGCAAAAGUAUCGUACUAGUAUAAAUUGCAUUAGAAAUUUUGCUUUUGGCACGAAGAGAAAUGGGAUUUGUAAUGCUGUUUUACCUUAGGAAGAAUAUUUGUCAUGCAUAUUUGCAAUUAGUACGAGUGCGAUACUUUUGCACAGGAUAAACCACGGCCCGCAGCGGCGACCACUCGGGGUGGGGCGAUUUGCGGUACGAAUUCACCUAUCCAUUGCAAAUAUGUCUGGGUCUGGAAGAGUGCAAACUUGUGAUGCGCAUUCCACAACGCAGAAAAAUCUCUCAUGCACAGGCAGCAAAAGUUGCCCACUUUCUGUCACCAAAAUGGGGCAUUUGUGAUGCGGAUUCGGAAUAGCGAAAGCCUCUCGAAACCUGUGAUGCUAGAGCUGCCAUGCCAGACCUUCUGUGUCAUGCAAAAGCAGCAUGACUCUUCCACACCCAGACAUAUUUGCAUUUGAUAUCACCGCCGGGCAGUCGCCCUACCGCGUGCCCGCGGAGGCAGCCUACGACAUGACGGUCGGGGUCGCCAGCAGGAACAGCCCCGGCGGCGCGGCGUACGGUGCGUUUCCAACCAUGCAGUACCGCGCCGGGUCGGGCGGCCCCGGAUCCAGGAAGCGGAACAAGGUUCUUGCGGGUAAUACCCAAGAAGGCGGUCGUGGUGCAAAGAGUAGAGAAAAGGACAAGUCUCCCUACCGGGUGCGACACGCGGAUCCGGUUGUGGACGCGGAAAACCUAUGAACUGCAAAAGUAUCGUACUCGUACAAAUGCAUUACAAAUUUCCUCGGCAUGAGAAAUCAAAUUUGUAAUGCUGAUUUACCUCAAGAGAAAGAUUUGUAAUGCAUGAUUGCAAUGCGAGCGCGAUACUUUUGCACAGGAUAAAACCACCGGCUGGAGGAGCACUUGCGUGGGAAAGACGGCUAUCAAAUGCAAAAGUGUCUGGGUCUGGAACAGUGGAACUUGUGAUGCGUGUCUUGCAUUCCUGGAAAUUCUGUGUUGCAUGAGCAGCAAAAGAGGAGCUUGCUUGGGCAUGCAAAAACGCAAUUUGUGAUGCGUGGUAGGCACCAUCAGCAGGCGUCUCUGAAGCUUGUCAUGCCUGGCUGCCAUUGCAAGCGCUUCAAUCAGGCUCAAUUCAGCAUCACAGACUUCCAGAGGACCCAGACAUAUUUGCAAUCCACAAGGGCGAUGAGAACGGCGACCCGUCGCGGGGGUACGGGAGCACCGUGCAAAAGUACCGCAACAUGUCCGUGGCGCAACGGCAGGCGUUUGUCCGCGAGAUGUUUCGGCGCAAGCAACGGGGCAUCACGGAGAACCAGCAGCAGCAGUUGUUGAAGACGUACUUCGGCGACAACCCCCUGCGGACCAGCGCCCGGAAGAAGAUCGGCGGGAUAUUACAAGGAAAAAUGCCCCCACGAUCCCCGAACUUGGGAGCAUUUGUAUUGCAAACCUUUCCAAACAAGGAAACACUCGCCUUCUUGCAUCUAUCAGCAUCACAGAUUUCCAAUCGUGAAUAGCAAAAAUUUGCAUUGCAAAAGAUCCUAGCAAAAGCGGCGCUUGUCAUGCAAGCGAUGCGAUAUACGCCCAGACUCUGCAUCAGAAAGAUUCACACUCCUUUCAUGCAUGACAAAAAGUUUUCACUUGGAAACUUUGCAUCACAAAUUAUUGCAACUUUGGGGGUGGGGGCAUUUUUCACUGUAAAACGGGACGGCAGGAAAAAUCCACCAAGAAACCCUGAUGGGGUGGAUGAGCAGCCUGCGCGACGAGGCGGGUCCGGAGCACCACAACAUGGUGUUUGUCCACGAUCCGGAGGCCUCCCUGGGUCGCUUUGUGGAGAGCAAGCAGCGAACACAGAGCGAAGAGCAGCGGCGCGCAGCGGCGCUCAAGAUUACGACACGGCACCAGCGUAUGGAAGCGUCAGGUUUGAAAUCGUCAAAGUUGAAAUAAUUUGUAAUGCAUAAAAUGGAUGCCAGUUGGAGCCCAGUUUUCAAGUGGCGCAUGACAAAUUUCGGUGGCCCCGAAAUCCAGUUUGUCAUGCUGUUUAGGCAACGAAGAGUGAUUUUCUCAUCCUACUUUAGCAGCUCGAGCUGUAACCCCAAACAGGCUUUACAAUCGGCCUCACUUGCCUGCUCUGCAACACACGUACCUCGGGUCAUGCAUUUUAUGCAUUACAAAUUAUUUCAACUUUGACGAUUUCAAACCUGACGCUCCCAUACAGCGGCGCACCGACUCCGCGGACAUUCUGGAGGCCGUGGUGUCCAUAUCCUGUGCAAAAGUAUCGCACUCGUAUAAAUGCAAGUCUUGCAUUGCAAAUCCUUUUCUUAAGGUAAGUCCGCAUUUACAAAUGAUCUCAUUUCUCAUGCUGAGGGAAUUUGUAAUGCAUUUAUACGAGUACGAUACUUUUGCAAUUCAUAGUCCAAACGGCAUUCCGUGUUCGAGAAAGCGCAGCAGGAACGGUUAUGCUGUGGAAAAACGUAAGUUGAAGUUAGUACCCAUAAUUUUCACCCCAGAGUUGUCAUGCGGAUUUGCAUGUAGUUUUCCUUUUCUACAAUGGAAUGUGUCUCAUGCGCAGCCCCAUGAGGUUGAGGAGCAUCUUCCAAGCAGGCUCUUUUGGAAUGUUUUUGCUGAUGCCGUACUCAUCAGGAUCAGGAUCAGCUAAGACAGGCGAUUUCUGAUGUGGAUAUUUCACUGCGAAUGCAACGGCGACUACAAGUACAACAUGGACCCAAGUUUGUCAUGCGUUUCUGUCUAACCUUCUGCACUUGUGUAGCAGAGUGAAGAGCAUCAUCAGUUUGACUAUGGGGUAAGUAGUACUUCGGGUUCUCUUUUACGCAGAAUACCACUGGGCGUAUGACGCGGCAAUCAAUCUAAACGCUGGCGUGGACGAGGACGAGAGCAUCGACCCGACGAUGAAAAUGAAGAUCCCCGGCGUCCUCCCCGGCGCCGCGGGGCUGACGCUGCGGGUCUUGUCGACCGAGGGGACUAACUCGGUGGAAACCAGAGCCAAGCAGCUUGCCGCCUUUGACCAGCUUAUCCUGUGCAAAAGUAUCGUACUCGUAGUAAUUGCAAUCACGCAUGACAAAUUCCCCAUCUUCGGCAAAUCGGCACUACAAAUUGUAAUGCAAUUUACAUAUACUAGUACGAUACUCUUUCUCUUGCAAUGCAUACAGCUGGUGCAGGAGCAGAUCGAGGCAAUCACGAAACCCGAGGUAAUGGACGAGGUCUACCGGUUCGGCCCGCCGAAGAGGGAAAUAAAGACGGAGGAGGGGAGUCGGAGUCGCCGUGUGAAAGAUAAACCUGAAAUCAUUCCAACGGAAGUAAUAGAACAGCCCGAAAAUAACCAGAUCUUUUCCUCCAGUGCGGAAGUUACGCCGGUGCAGGAGGAGCCAGAGGAUAGCGAGCUGCACGAACCGCGGGUCGUGGCGCUCUCCUCGUCCAACGACGGUGGUGGUACCAACACCCCAAGUCUCGAACCCAGUGUGAGCAACGCAGCUGCUCUACUAGAGGUGGCGGAGAAUCAUGAUCCCCAAACAGGCCUGCAGGAGCAGCACACACCGACUUCCAGUGCGGUCGACGGUGAUGUACUGUCUUCAAACGUAUCAAAUGCAAAAGUGUCUGGGUCUGGAAUGUUGCAGGGUUUGUCAUGCAUAUUUUGCACGACCCAGGAUGUCUGUGAUGCACGACCUAGCAUCACAGAUUUUUAGAGGGCUUCCUGAUGCCUACUCCUUAUGACAAAUGCCCUCCCCGCGUAGCACAAACUAGAUUCCUCUUGCUGGUCAUGCAAUACAGAGGUUUUUAGAGUACAAAGUUAGCUGCGUCACAAGUUCCAACCUUGCAGACCCAGACAUUUUUACAUUUGAUAAAACGCGCCGGACAACAAUUACGUGGUCGCAGGGACAUCAACUGCAGCAGCUUCAAGAACCGCUGCACAGACACGGGCCACACUAGCGGGGAUCAUGAUGGACAGGCGGCAAACGCAGACAAGUCAGUCCGGGCCCGCUAGAACAAGUAGCGCAACAACGCUGAAAAACAACGUCGAUGAUGUUGUUCUUUCACAGCCGCAGGAGUCGAGCAGCAAGGCCACACCGGCGUCCUCGGAAGUGGCCCCUUUUUCGCUUGCGAACGACGUCCUCGGGGAUGACGAGAUGUUGAAAGAGGGGAUGCGGCAGGGGUCCUCGGCGGGCUCGCAGAAAGAAAUUAGAACAAGCGAGGCACCUGUUGCUGAGGGGCGAAAGAGCAGUAGAGAAAUUGUAAACAACUCAGCGUCGGCAAGCAGGACGUCGAAAAUAUUAACUAAGCCUGUCGAUGACGCAGCGGCAGUCGAUCCUGCGGCUUUGGUAGAAGGAGACGGUGGACUUCAGGUACAAGAAAGAUCUUCUGCAGCUGCUGCCGAACAGCAAACCCCUGUGACCAAGGUACAACUAGUGGAGACCCAAGAAAGCAAUAGCGGCGUGGCCUCGUCCGCUCCUUCGGAGCCCGCUGCACAACUCCUCGCGGGAGGUACUACGGCAGCACAAAAAGCACCUAGUACGGAGGACAACGUAGUACACGGUCUCGUAGACGCGACCGCUUCGCAGAUGACCGGAGACGAGGCAAGCGAAAGCGUCGCCGUCCCGCUUGUAGAGGGAGCGCACCAGGUAUCCAGGAAAAAACACCCAUCCCCAUCCAAUUUGUCAUGCAAAACAUGCAUAAAGUCCACUAUUUGUCAUGCAAAAAAUUGAUGGGGAUGGGUGUUUUUUCCUGGAUACCAGGAACAAGAACAACAGCACAACUUCGUGUUUUACCCGGCUGCAUCAAGUAGCUCCUCUGUCAAGCUUCUGAACAGGAGUGGUCAACAACGAGGAGUUGAAGAUAAUAACGCCCAGCAGCCAUCAACUGCAUCAAGUAGAACAUCGCCCUUUGAGUUUGACCAAAACGCAGCGGCCCUGUUUGACCACCAGCAUCAAAUCGCGUUUGGGAAACAAGUAGAACAUCACGAAGAAGCUCCUGCGCCUUUUGCAACCGGGAAGACGAUGCAGAAGAAGAAGCUGAAACUGGUGAACAGAAGUCGCGAGGGAUCGAAGACGAGGGGGUCCGCAGCUCCGGGUGUCUCGACGACGUCAAAUUUCAAACAUGAUACGAGCAGUAUGGGAGUGUCAGGAUUGAAAUCGUCAAAGUUGAAAUAGUUUGUGAUGCAUAAAAUGCAACCCACAAAGUGCCUGUCUUGCAGAGUAGGCAAGGGAGGCAGAUUGUAAGCCUGUUGCGGAGUAGAAAUAGAGCUGCUAAAGUAGCAUGACAAAAGGCGUCUUCCUUACUCAAACAGCAUGACAGACUGGAUUUCGGUUCUACUCAAAUUUGUCAUGCGCCGCUUGGAAAUUGGGCUUCCAACUGGUAUCCGUUUUAUGCAUCACAAAUUAUUUCAACUCUGACGAUUUCGAUUCUGACACUCCCAUAAGCAGUAGUGGUAGCAGCUCCAGUGCAAGCGCAUCUUUGGCGGAGGUUUUGGCGACACAGGUACCUACUACUUAACUCAAAACCGCCUUAGAAAGUAAUCAUUUCUUAACGAAUUCAGAAUGAAUUCAGAAUUCCAGCAAUUUUACACUUUGGCUCGACGUUUUAGGGGCCUGAGUCCUCGCGCCUGGUUAUCGAUCGACGGAGCAUCAACGUGCCCCUAGGUGGCUACAAAACGGGCUUCGUCGUUGCUAUUCAAAGCGAUUUGGGGAUCUGUCACGCGCUUGAUUUCUCAAGGGUGGCGGCCUCACGUACGACACAGCGGCAGUUACAGCCCCGCUGCUGCCGUUUUUCCUGCUACAUGCGUCAUGCCCACGAUACUGCUCUAGAAUGUAGCCGAGCGCGCCGCGGCUUCAUACAGCGCAUCGCAGCACAGGGCCGGCUUCAGAAGGCCGCCUGGGUUUGUAGCGCACCCAUUCGCGCCGAGGCUUCCUACAGAUAUACACAAAGCAAGCCCUCAGCUGGUGGCGAGGUUUUCAUGCGUCAACUAUUCUGCAAGACGAAAUAGGGCGUGUGGGGGCCCUUCGACUUUCCUGCUUCGGGCCGCCACUGUAUAAGCGUCUUCAUGCGCGAAAGACAGGGACUUUCUUGGUCUGGCAAGAUUCUGCAGCAAUUCAACGCCAUUGCUGCCCCCAACGUCAUGGCCUUGCACGCCGCCAGCCGCGCACUUGCCUCUGGCGAAUGGGCCCUGAUUCCCGGGUCAUGAAAGACCGCAGGCCAUAGCGAGGAACCACCCUGGCCUGUGUUUUUUUCGAGGGAAGCGGCCCGGCGUCCAGCUAGGUCAUUGAAGAAAAGGCGGGCCAGCGAGCAUCUUGCGGAAGGGUCCGACACCAAUUUCUAAAUUAAGUUGGAAAAGAGUUGAAAAAAGUUGGAUCAGAGAUUUCAAGUGGGGGAAAGCUUUCCAACUAUUUCCAAACUCGUUUCCAACUUAAUUCUGAAAUUGUCCCGGGCCGCCAAUUAAAUUCUGAAAUUGAUUGAGGGCGCCAAUUAAAUUCUGAAUUCCCUAUCGGCCGCCAAUUAAAUUCUGAAAUCUAUCUUGGCCGCCUAUUAAAUUCUGAAAUCCCCUCCGCCGCCCAAUUUUAUUCUGAAUCUGGUCCGCCCGGCCCAAUGCGUUCUUGUAAAACAAGUACGCCAUUGUCGAGGCUUUUGGUCGUUUCGCAUCUAUCAAAAGGGAGCAAAAUGAUUGCCGGGGCUCUGUUUCGCUGCAUCAUCUUGCUUGCGUAUUUGCUUCUUGGGAUCUGGCAUCGUGAGUUCCAUGGGCUCCGGGCCAGAGGGGCUUCGCGCCGACCGAGGGACCUGGGAUGUCUUUUCCGACACCUUGUCCAAUCCGGUCCGCAUUUUGUGCGCGUAUUUUUUUGUGAUCGUCGGGGCCCCUCGAGCGAGCGACGCUUGCAAGUAGUGGUAGCAGCUCCAGUGCAAGCGCAUCUUUGGCGGAGGUUUUGGGGUCGGCGACAGAGGUACCUACUACUUUAGCUACAUCAUUUAUUGGAUUGUCGUACGAGAGAUACGUACUGGUAACACGAUUUUUCUGCAACCUGUUUCAUCAUGUUGUGGCAACUGCUGUGGUGGUCCGAGACAUCGAUAGUUUUACGCCUGCUUACUACGUUUUCCCAUGAAGAUGUGGGUAAAAAGAACAAAGAUUAAUCAUAUGUCUUUCGUUCAGCCCGCGCCCCUUCCUGACUGGAAGUACGAGCAUCCAAAGCGACUGUAUCGAAGAAAAAAACUGUGUAAGUGUAACUUUCUUGCAGGAGCAGCAUCAUAGAUUUGUUUUGCAUGACAGAAAACUUGUCAUGCGUAGCUAGUACGCUAAAACACGUACUAAAAUAGCCUCUGAUGCAUAUGCGGCGUGACAAGGCGUGUAACUGUAUUGCAACAUCUGCAAGACAAAGUUACACUUACACAGUUUUUUUCUUGCAUAGCCUGACACCAACGACCAGUGCGACCAACAAACCGGGUUCCGCCAGCACGAUCCCACCCGGCUACGACGAAGCAGUGGAUGUGACCAGUCGCGACGAGUUCUCAAACGCACUACAACAUCAGAGCAGAAAACUCUACUCCCGCGGAGAUGAAGAAGAGAAAACAGCUUCGAAAACAUCAUCUUCGGCUUCUUCGAAAAGCAGAAGUAACACCAGAAAGGACAAACUUAAGACUUCCAAGACAGCGGCAGGAAGAACUUCUUCUACAAGUGGCGCUCCUGCUGCACCCGCAACGUCGAGCAGUCGUGUGUUGGAGUUGUACCACCGAGCUGCAAAAAGUUUCAGCCCAGACGGGGUGACGGGGGCGAAUUCUGAUUUGGUACAACGUCAGAGCAGUCAGAAUGCUAGGCGACAUGAGGAGGUGGAGGUGGAACCAGAGGACGCUUGGUCCGCGAGCAUGGCCGAAAAGUUCGAGCAUGUUCUGCACCGAAAAGAGGCUUUGCUGGAGGAAAUGUCCAAAUAAAGAAAAACGCGGAAAAACCGAAAAAUCGAGAUUGAAAAUGUCUGAGAAAAUUUAGUUUUAUGAUUCUUGGGAAAAUGCCAAAAGAGACAAGCUAUUCUACUUUUCAAAACAAGUAGGUCCUGACGAAUUCGUUUCAGUUUCAGUUUCAAGUAUAAACAAGUCAAAAACGAAAACGUACUUACGACUUGCUGCCAAAAUGUCCGACCAAUUGAAGGCAGUGGUUUGAUAUCUGGCCAAAUGUUAAAUGGUAAUGCUGCAACAUCUGCGAGCAGGACAGGCACAGGAUGCAAUACUUGAAAACAGCUACAACUACUAGAAUCCGCAUGAUAUAUAUGAUGAGUGAAGACAGUUGUCAGCAUUGGCGCCACUUGUACUUCUGAAACAAGCAACCAUUCCAGCACUGCGGGCGCAGUGGAUACAACGAAC